ACAGAAUGAUUGUUCCUUGGUUCCUGACAGGCACUCGCAUCAUAGGACGAGUUGAACAUAAAUAAGCGCUGGUGCCUGUAAGUGUAUAGUGUAUUCUCACAACUGUUGCUCGUUCACCCUCUUCCAUCAUGACUGGUUCGUCGCCAGCUUCAGUGGCGACGCUACCUGAUGACCCCUUCGAUGAAUUCCUGAAGCCUCCGCCUGGAGAAACGCACGAGCAACGGAUAACACGAUUAACAAGGGAAGAGGAGGCCUCGAAGAUUAGUAUGGCUAUCGAUGCCAGUAUCAAAGCGGAACGUCAGCUUAGGAAGAAAAUGCGAAUAGUGAGGCUUCUGCUUCUUGGUCAGAGUGAAUCGGGGAAAUCUGUGACAUUGAGACAAUUUCAACGAUUGUAUACUCCAACUGCGUUUCGAGAAGAACGUAUUCUUUGGCGUGGAGUGAUUCAACUGAAUAUCGUCCGGUCUGUACGCAUAAUACUUGAUGCCCUCAAUCGGCCUUCAUCUCCAGUCGCAUCUCCUUCUGUAUCCCCAAAGUCACAAACAAGAAGUCUCUCAAAACACCAUAAACCUCGAACCUCUCUGUUCGGGUCUUCGUCUGAAACUUCUCAUCCAGACCAUUAUUUAAGCGGUCCUGGUUCUAAUGGCUAUAGUAAUGACCUCUCCGAUGUAGAAACUGAUUCAGAAAUCCACAAAACGAGGCCUUGUCUUGAUUCAACCGAAAUAGAAUCUUUGAAAUUGCGCCUUUUCCCCCUUCACCAUAUUGAAGCUCUGCUGAUAGCCAAACUCGUUCCUCCAAAUGAAGAGGAAGCCACUCGAUUAAUUGCCUCUCCUGAAUCAACGAACACCUAUCCACCAUCCCAUCCAGCUAGGACUUCGUACAAGACGCAGGAAAUAUUUGUUCGUCCAGGACCCGGGUGGAAAGGGGGUUUGGCUCGUGCCCGUGUGUCAUACCCGAGCUUUACAGGUAGUCCUAAUGGCGAAGAGAGUGGGUCCACGAACGCCGGUCGACCAAACAGUGCUGGAAACAUAGGCUUAGAGACAUCUGAUGAACCACAAGAGGUGCUGAAUGCAUGCCGUACGGACAUCAUGCGAUUAUGGGCUGAUAGAGGGGUCAAACAAUUGCUCCAUAGACGAAAGAUAAGACUGGAAGAAUAUCCAGGAUUUUUUCUAAAUGACCUCGAACGUGUUACCUCCCUGAAGUAUAUUCCGACUGACGAUGAUGUCCUGAAAGCACGGCUCAAAACUGUCGGUGUGUCUGAGUAUCGUUUCCAGAUGGAAGUGUCGACUGGUCGAGAAACUGGCACAGAUUGGCGAAUAGUUGAUGUCGGCGGUAGUAGAAGUCAGGUACGUCAAACGUGGAUUCCUUUUUUUGAUAAUGUUGACGCAAUUAUCUUUCUGGCGCCAAUCAGCGGCUUUGAUCAAGUUUUAAGUGAGGACCGCACGGUUAAUCGGCUUGAAGACUCCGUCCUUCUUUGGAAAACAGUAUGCUCCAACAAGCUUCUCGCAAACGUUGACUUGGUGCUGUUUCUCAAUAAGUGUGACAUCCUGGAGACGAAGCUUAAAGCUGGUGUUAGGCUGGCAAAAUAUGUAAAAAGUUUUGGGGAUCGAGCGAAUAACCUCGAGACUUCUCCUCCGCUGUCACAUUUAGAGUUUCUCCAGACCCUUUAUCUUCUGCCCAUCGAUAAAAGUCUAGGAUUCUUGGGCGUAAUUAACACUCAGCGCUAUAAUUCACAGAUUUUCGAAGCAAAUUUAGUGCUAUCCAUCGAGAAUAUUCUCCGAACCCGCGAAAGUUUUAUGCGUUUUGCACCUCAGUGACUGACACUGCUACUACCGCAGGGAUAAUCGCCAGCGUUCGAGAUAUGGUCAUUCGUCAGCAUCUCAAACAGUCAAAACUGAUGUGACUUGGUUAUUUCUUUCGCUCGGCUUCCCGCAUGAUCUGUCAUGGUAGCUCAUGAUCUCUUUUAUCUGUGCCAUUACACAUUUCCCGCAUGUUAUCACCCAUCUGCCUGACCGUGAUCCUUCAUGA